AUGGCUCCCUCGCCAGCAUCCUCGGGCGCGGCCACGACUUCCGUGCAAGUCGCGGUCCGUAUCCGCCCCACGACGACUCAGGACACCAGUUCCACCCCCGCUCGUUUCCAACGGUCUGUAGUCAAUGCCGUCUCAUCCACCACCGUCACCGUGGACCCUGUCUCGUCAGCUGCUGGCGGGGGAGCACCUGCACCCGCUGCACCCUCCGCCAAAAAGCAGGCCUUCAACUUCGAUCAAGUACAUCCGCCAGCGACGACUCAACAUGCCCUCUUCACGACCACCGCCCAACCUCUCCUCUCUCGUUUUAUUGAGGGUUAUAACUGCACUAUUCUCGCGUAUGGUCAGACCAGCAGUGGAAAGACUUUCACCAUGACUGGUAUCGACCUUGACGCUAAUCCCAACGACCCGUCCAACGGCAUGGGUAUCAUCCCCCGUGCCGUGUCCACCAUAUUCGCCCGGUGUAAAGAGCUCAAGCAGGAGCGUGGUGACUCGUGGCAGUAUAGCCUGAGGGGCUCGUUUAUCGAGCUGUACAACGAGGAUCUGAUCGACCUCCUGAAUAUGGAGGACGGAGGAGGCAAGCAGGUGCAGAUCCGAGAGGAUAAGCAAGGUCAUAUCUUUUGGGAAGGGCUGCGCGAGGUCAGCGUACGGGGUCCGAGUGAGGUCAUGAGUCUCAUCCAACAGGGUUCAGCGAUUCGCCGUACAAAUGAGACAGACAUGAACGCACAGUCGUCUCGUUCACAUGCGAUCUUCUCCUUGACGCUCACGCAGAAGAAGUACUCUGGUUCGAAGCCGCCCCCUCGGUCAUCAUCACCCCUACCGCCUGGCGGUCGCCCUGGGUCGCGGAUCGCGCGACCGGGUACCGCGAUGUACGGCUCGUCCCAAAGCAACCGUGUAUCGUCACCCACGUUCGGCCGGCCAUCGACACCAAGCUUCCAGUCUGCGAUAGGCAGAGGUGGGCGUCCAGCAAGCUCGCUUGGAUUCUUGUCCCCGGAUCGUGGACACGCGAAAGACGCCGCGGAUGAUGGCGAUGGCGACUGGGUUACGGUCAUCUCCAAGUUCCACUUCGUCGAUCUAGCUGGUUCCGAGCGGAUUAAGCGCACGGGAGCCGCCGGUGACCGCAUCAAGGAGGGUAUCUCCAUCAACAGCGGACUGCUCGCGCUCGGGAAUGUCAUCUCAGCGCUCGGGGAUCCUGCACGCGCCAAGUCGCAUACGGCGUCGUACGUCCCGUACCGCGACUCGAAACUUACGCGGUUGCUACAGGACUCCCUCGGUGGGAAUGCGCACACGCUCAUGAUUGCGUGUGUGAGUCCGACAGAGUGGAACGCGGGCGAGACCAUUAACACGCUCAAGUACGCGAACCGGGCCCGGAACAUCAAGAACCGCGCAUGGCUCCAGGGCACCGUUACUCGUCUACGGAAGGAGCUCAAGGUCCUUAAGGAGGGCGGUACGAUCUCUGUCGGAUCUAGCGUGUCUACCCCGCGCAGCAGCAUGGAGUUCUCUGACGGCGCUGGGAAGAAGGUGCUCGCGCAGAUGGCGGAGCUCCAGAGCAACUACGAGGACAUGCGCGAGAAAUUCGUGGAGCGGACGAGGAGCUCACACAAGCAGCGCUCGUCCAAGGGGCACAUGUCCGGGACAGCGAAGUACGAGGAGAUCGUCGGUCCUGUUAUCGAGGAGUACGAGAAGACGAUCAGCGCGAUGGAGGCAGAGCUUAACCUGAAUCGCGCUGCGUUGAGGCACACCAACGACCUCUACGAGGAGAAGGACCAAGAGUACAUGGAGCUCGUGGAGAAGCAGUCGACGACCGAGCUGUAUGUCGAGGAGUUGAAGUCCAGGGUGUCGAAACUGUUGGAGCGUGAAGCUGCCAACGAGGCAUACAUCCACGACUUGGAGGAGAAAAUCAAGCAACACGACGAGACUUCUAUUAGUUCCAGCGGUUCCAUCACCGAUUUAAAGCGCGAGAUCACUCGAUACAAGGACUCCGACUCGUACAACACUCAGUACAUCGCUGAUCUUGAAGCCCGGUUGACCCGCGCUGACGAGUCCGUACUCGCGCUGCGCGACACUUUAGAGAAGCUGGAGCGCGAGUGCGAGCGAAGGCGUGAAGAAGCCGAGGUCCUUCAGUCGCGCCUUGAUGCGCUUCUGCGCGACGGCGAGAGUUGGCGGACGGAUCUGGAGGAGCGCGAACAGAAGGUACGCGAUCUGGAAGCCAAGAAAGAAGAGUGGGAGGCGAGGAUGAAGGAGGCCGACCAGGACCGGCAGCGUCUCAACGAGCUCGUUGGCGAAGUCGCGAAGGCACGAAAGGAACUCGAGGCCAAGUCGGUCCCGCCGUCGCUCAGGAGCGCUGCCAGCACCGACACGCUCGGUGGCAAGUCCCUGCUUAACGGCACCAGCCCCGCGGAGGAGCAAUUCAUCACUCUUCAGCAGACUCACACGGCGACGCUCGCGGAUCUUUCUUCCGUCACUGCCAAGUAUCACGACGCACUCCGGGAGAUCACAGACCUUGCGGCUCAGCUGGAGGAGGCCAAGGUCAACGCCCCGCUUGCACUCUCAGAGUCUGAAGAUCGGCCGGCUGACCUGUCUCCUAGGAGGAGAAUGGGAAAAGGAAGCCCGAAGGCGGGCAGCGAAACGCUUCUGAACGGGAACGGCUCAGCCAGAAGGGGGCUCUCCAAACACCAGGCGGGCUCCAGCGAAUCUCUUACUUCGAGGUGCGAUCCCACGACUGCCGGAUUCGUGAUGGUGCUAACGGUCAAUUCUGUCUCUUCUAGGUCAUUGCCGCCGUCUGUAUCGCUCUCGCAGGAGCUAUCAUCGGCCAGGUCGCGCAAUGCGUCCAUCUCUAGCCAUGGCACGAGUAGCUCCCUUUCCCUAUCUCACUCCCGCUCGCGUCCCAACUUGUCGAUCUCUCUACCCGUUCUCAACGUCUCAUCAAACGAGCGCUCUGUGGCCAGCCUGGAGAAGGAGAUCAUGCGCCUCCAGGAGGUCCUCAAAGAUCGGGAAUCAGAGAUCACUGUGCUCGAGACAUCGCUCAAGGACAAGGACCGAGCGGGGGCCCUAGCCGACUUGCAACGAUCACCUCCUCCUAAUAUCCUUACUUUGAAUGGGCAUUCGCCGGAGACCAGCCUCAACUUGUCGCCGCGGACGCUGUCUCACUUCAAAGACCUUCGCCACAGUCUUCACAUUCAAGUGUCUGAGGACGGAUUUCCCACUUCCGAUGUGGACGAGAACCUCGAGAGGCUUAAUGAGCUUAUGCGUUCGAUGGCUGCGAAGGAGUCCGCUCACCGUGAGAAGGUCGACACCCUCAAUUCCGAACUCAGCCAAGUUCGCCGCCAGUUCGAGGAAUUGACCGUCCUUUCCCGCGAUCAGACUCUCAACAUGUCGAGUGAGAUCGAAGGCCUCAGUAAGAAGCACGAGGAAGAUUUGGCUAAGCACUCCGAGGAUCUGCAAAGGCUGGAGCACCUCGAGAGGCAUGAGGUAGAGCUCGUCGAGUCUGCGACUAGACUACAGCAGCGUGAGGCUGAGCUCGCCGACUCGUUGGAUAAAGCCCAGAGCCGCGAGAAGGAGCUCAUGGAGUCGCUCGAGCGUGCUCAGGCCGAGCAUGCAGCGGACGUUGAGAAGCUGAAAGCCGAACACGAAGAAGCUCUCCGCGCGAAGGCAGCUGAGGUUGACGCCUCAUUGGCUUCUUCUACUCUCGACAAGGCGCGCGAGGACCACGAAGCCGCCUUCGGCAAGCUCAAGGCCGACCACGAGGAGGGGCUCAACCACUCUCGGCAAGAACACGAAGCUUCCGUCUCGAAGUUGAAGCAGAAGGAGGACGAGGCCAACGCGACCCUCCACAAGACCGAGGAGGAGUAUUACGAGACACUCACCAAACUCCGCGAGGAACAUGCCCAGGCCUGGACAAGCAGACUGCCGAGGCGGCGACUGCGGUGGAGCGCUUGCGCGACGAGCAUGCGCGUGAGAUGCGGAUGGCUGAAAUGCGCGCGAGGUACUCUCUCCGAGUCGGCGUCUGCGAUGGACACCGCGUUGAAGAGCCUCCAAGACGAGCAUGCAUCCGCCGCCCUCGCUAAGGAGAGAGAGUUCUCCGAGGACAUCCAGAAGUUGAAGGACGAGCAUGCACAGGCUCUCGCGACUAAGGAGGAGCAGUAUCGCAGCUCGAAAGACCGCCUGACGGCGAGUCAUGCGGAAACGCUGCAUGCCAAGGAGGCAGCGUUAGCAGACGAGCUUUCCAAGCUUCAAGCCGAACAACAGCAGGCGGCGGCGAGCAAGGACGAGGCGCACCGUGCGGAGCUUGACAAGCGCGUCGCAGAGCAUGCGGACGUGGUAGCCAGGCUCCAGGAAGAGUCUCAGAACGAGAUCGCCCGUCUGACGUCCGAGCUGGAACAGAGCCGGACCGAGUCGACAUCGUCAAGUGCGAAGCUGCAGGAACAGAUGCAGGCCGAGGUGCAGGGUGUCAAGGAACAACAAGCGAUGAUUCUGGCAGAGGUUGAGAAGGGACACGCCGAGGAGGUCGCUCGCUUGCAGGACGCUCAUAACGCGGCCAUUGCUACGGCAGAGAGUCAGGCCGAAGAGGAGCGUACUUCGCUGAUGGCUUCUCAUGCCGAGGAAGCGGAACUCGUGGCCUUGCAAGAGCAGCAUCGUCAGAGCCUUGACGAGUCUGGGGAGCGCACAGGACAGCUUCUCGCGGAAGAAAAGGAGCGCCUUGAGUCCGCUCUUGCCGAGUUCGAAAAGAUGCACGCCGAUGAAGUCGCUGCACUGCGGAAGGACCACGAUCUGCAGCUGAGCGAGAUGCAGCGGGAACGGGACGACGAAGUGCAGGGCCUGCAGCAGAAUCACAACAUUCUACUGGAGGAGCUCGAGUCGUAUAAAGCGGCGUCAGACGAGUACGUGCAUGCGCGCGAGGAGAUGCGGCGCACGCACGAGGAGGCUCUUCAGCAGAAGACGGACGUCAUUGGCCUGCUCCAUCAACAAAUGAGCAGUUCUAACCAUGAGAGGGACACGCUCGCAUCUGAGAUUGUCCAGCUUCGACAGGAACUCGAGAACACACGCAACCAGUCGAAUGAGCUCAAGACCCGGCAAGAUGCGUUACUCCGGGAUCUCCAAUCCCAUGCUGUCAUGAGCCCUACACUGAGUAUGCGGCAAGGAUUCGGACGCUCCAAUAUGUCGCCGACGAAGCUACCGCCGCCUGCGCCUCCACCGACAGUACCUAUCCCCCCCGCACCUUCGUUCCACGAGCAACAAAUGAGCACCUCGUCGUCUAUGCUGAGUCCCAUCGGCGGUGACACACCACUGGACUCGCCUACGACUCCGGCAACUUCGCUCGCACCGUCCAAAGACCGCCGACUCCCACGGGCCCUCCCAAUCCAACAACAGGCCAAGCAUAUCGACGAGCAGGACGCGAUGAUCAAGACGCUGAACAAGCAGCUCAUGCACUGCGAGAGCGACUUGCAGGCACACAUCGACCUCGUUUCGUCGCUCGAGUCCUCGGUUGGCGAUGCGGAGAAAAAUCUGCGCAAGGCUCGGAUGCAGGCCACGGAGCUCGCCCGCGAGCGAGACAGCCUCAACGCACAGGUCGCCGCCUUGAGGGCAGAGUUGGGCGACGCGCGGAACGAGGUCGCGAACGUGCGGCGGUCGGUAGCGGAGGAGAAGCAGAACAUGGCGAACCAGCUCGACGAGGAGCGGCGGGCGAAAGAGCGAGCGCGGGCGCAACUAGACAGCCGGACGCUCGAGCUUCAAAAGCGCAAGAGCAAGUUCGCGUGUCUCUGA